GUGUAUUUCCGCCGGCCCAGCCUCACAGGGUCCUCUGUGCUCCACUCUAUGAUGUGGCUGUGUUAAGCUGCGGAGACUGUUAGCUGAAAUGCGAAAACGCAAAUAGCUAAACUACCACAGAGUUCUUCAAAAUUGUGCCAUCCCUCAGGUGUAACUUUGGUGCUGCAAUCUAUCAAAGAUGGAAAACUCUAAAGAUGACUACAAGAUCCAGUCAUUUGACAUGGAGACCCAAAAGUUGCUGAAAACAGCACUCAAAGAUCCCAGUUCAGUGAACUUGGAAAAGGUGUCUAACAUCAUUGUGGACCAGUCUAUGAAGGACCAGGUGUUUAGUAAAGAGGCUGGACGCAUCUGCUACACCAUUGUGCAGGCCGAGGCUAAACAGACCAAUGGAAAUGUGUUCAGGCGGAACCUGUUGAACCGGCUGCAACAAGAGUUCAAGGACCGUGAGGAGACGAGGGUGCGCUCUCUGCAGGAGUGGGUGUGCUAUGUCACCUUCAUCUGCAAUAUCUUUGACUACCUCAAAGUGAACAACAUGCCCAUGGUGGCGCUGGUGCACCCUGUGUACGACUGUCUCAUGAGGCUGGCCCAGCCAGAUGCUCUGAUGAAUGAGGAGGAGGUGGACUGCCUGGUGCUGCAGCUGCAUCGUAUUGGGGAGCAGCUAGAGAAGGUCAACGGCCAGCGCAUGGAUGAGCUCUUUUUCCUGCUGCGGGACGGCUUCCUGCUGCAGGACGGUCUCAGCUCCAUGGCACGGCUGCUGCUGCUGGAGAUCCUGGAGUUCAGGGCCGGAGGCUGGAUGCUCAGCAGCACCGCUCACAAGUACUACUACAGUGAAGUAGCUGACUAGGACGGCUCCCAGAACAGAGGACGUCGAGCGACUGUGUGCUUCAGACAACCUCUGUACAAAGAACACCUUGAUUUGGCAGAGAGACUCCUUUCCUCAAUCACCACUGAUAAGAAAGAGGUAAUUUUUUAAUGGACAGGAGCUCCUUCCAGUCAGUCAGUGGUACUUCAGGAAACUCGUGGGGGAUGCAGAAGUAAGGCCUGAAGAUGGCAAACUGUUAUAAACAGACUCAUUUUGUUGGAUUGAUUUGUUUCUUUAAAAGAAUUAUAGGGCACAGUGUCCUGAAUGUGCAAUGGUCAGUAAUCAAUAAAACAAAGGGUUAAGUAGCAGGUUUUAGCCACAUUGAGGUGCACUGCCUUUAGUGAGUUGGCUUUAAAAGCUUGGGGCACUGCAGUUCCUUUUUCUGUCAAGUAGAAUGUCUAUCUUGUUUGCAUUCCAGUUUUAAGGCAACAUUUCCAAGUUAAACACUCCAAAUUAUUAUUAUUAUUUUUUUUAAUGAAUCCAAAGUAGUUUGAACAGACAUUCCAGUCAGGUGUAAGCUGAUUUGGCUGUUGCUUUACUUUUCAUUUAGUGUUGUGACUGACUUCUUGUUCUUUGGAAACUGAUAUUAUUUUAAUCAUUUAGUUAGUCUAUAUUUUAAAAGAGAAUUUCAGGUUUACAAAAGGGUUGCAUUGCUUUUACAACUGAGGAGUUUUCUAUCUACUUUGUCUUGUAAGAUUCCUAAAUUAAUGUUGAUUAACAACUUGUUUUGUAUAUUAAAUUCCAGUUGUCAGAAAACAUUGUUGCUUAAGUCAGGGAUUGUUUUGUUAUAGAAUAAGCUGUGCCCAUCUUCCAAACUAAAGACUUCUACAGCAAAAAGACCAGAAGUGGUUACAGAUCUGAUUGUUUUUCAGUGCAGCUGAUGUUCUGUUUAAAAUGAUGUCUGUUAUACAUACAGCAGUACGUUUAGAUGAUGCCAGAUGUAGAUUUACUGUACAUCAGGGUUCUCAGUUUUUAUUUUCUAAUAUAGGAUGUGCCAAUAUGACAGCAUCUUUUCAGAUACAGCUUAAUAUUGAAAAGGUCCAAAUAAAUUUUUGUAAUCAAGGUGCUAUAGAAUCUUCCCUUCCUUUGCCUGUGGGUUAAUCUUACACUGCCAUAAUGUCCUCUAAUAGGCAGAGAUUAGGCCAAGUAGAUUAUAAAUACUGGUUUCUGGUCUUGUUGAGCCUCUUGAAUCCAGUUUAGUUGUUCCAGUUUCACCAGCACUGUGUAGUUUGACUUUGUGAGGUAUCAGUUUUAGUUCAGAGUGCAAUAUCACUUUAGUCAGCUGUGCUCAGUUAAUGGCUUUAAUGUAUCCAGACCAAAGCUGUGCCUUGGGAUUGAACACAUUAGUAUUGGAUAAAUAAUUCCACUAGAUCUAGCCUGUAGGCAUGUCUGGUGAAAAUGUUACAUUUCUUUGAUUAGUUACAAUUCAUGCAACCUCUUUUUAUGGUGUUUUGACAACAACACUGGAGCAAACGGCGCAAUAGGUUCUGUACAUGUAGGGCUGGGCUUCCCUGGGAACAUGUUGCUUUAGUAAUUAUAUUUUAUUACGUAAAACUAAAUUAAAUUCCACAACUUGUUUGGACAGCUGCUGGACAAAUACUUGAGCAGUUCAACUCCAAGGAAACCUCAAGGUGUAAAUUAGACAUUAAAAAUGAUAAUUUAUUUUUAACUUUCAAGAAGCCACUAAAAACCCCAGCUAGAGUCAGUAUUCAGAACAUUUUAUUUAUCCCCCAAAGUUAACCGUCUGGCUUAUUACCUAGCACUGCAUAUGAAGUUUACAUGUAGGCAUAGCUACUGAGUGCUCAAAUACACAUGAAGGCAAAGUAUGUUGAGCUGAUCAAGACAAGUUAAAUUAGCAUGGUGACUUAGGACUUUGCUUCACAGUAAUUACCAAAUUUGAACGCUGGAAACAUCAGUGGUGGGUUCUCCUGUGUCAUGGCGGGGCAUAGUGCUGACUGAUUUCCUUUGUUACAGCAUUUUUACAUCACUGAACUUCUUUCUGUUACGCUCGGGUUGUACUUCAAAUGCAAAAAAAAAAAAAUGAUUUGUUGUAAUAAAUUUUGAAGUUUUUGCUUAA